GUCACAGUAAUGAAAGGCAGUAGUAGGAGUAAGGAUCACUCAACAGAAGGUGAAGGAACUGGGAAGCGACCAAAAAGGAAGUGUCUUCAGUGGCAUCCCCUGCUUGCUAAGAAACUCCUUGACUUCUCUGAAGAGGAAGAAGAGGAAGAAGAAGAGGAAGAUAUUGAUAAGGUGCCGCUCCUUGGCCCUGAUGGUUUAGAGCAGGAUGCUGAUGAGACUGAAGAUGAUGAGUCGUCAGAGCAACGAGCUCGCCGACCAAUGAACGCAUUUCUCUUGUUCUGCAAACGCCACCGCUCUCUUGUGCGGAAAGAACACCCUCGCCUCGAUAAUCGUGGCGCAACCAAGAUCUUGGCAGAUUGGUGGUCUGUUCUAGAUCCAAAAGAAAAACAGAAAUACACUGACAUGGCCAAGGAGUACAAGGAUGCAUUUAUGAAAGCAAACCCAGGGUACAAAUGGUGCCCAACAACCAACAAACCUGUGAAAACCCAGUCAUCCAGUGUAACGAACAGGAAAAAGCUAUGGGCCAUUGCAUCAGACUCUGCAAAAGACUUACCGAGCCCAAGGAAAGUAACCAAAAGUGAAGAAAUACCACAACUUAACUUUGGGAUGGCAGAUCCUACACAAAUGGGAGGCCUGAGUAUGCUGCUCCUAGCAGGGGAACAUGCCCUUACUGCACAAGAGGUUUCCUCCAGUACUUGCCAGUCUGAUGCAUCUAAUUCUGCAGAAGCCUGUCAGAAGUCAUCAUUGUUUCAGUUUGCAGAGAUCUCUUCCAACACAUCACAGCCUGGAGUCCUGGGGGCAGUAAAACAAACGGAGGAGUCUGCAUUGUUCCAGUUUGCUGAGAUCUCAUCAAAUACUUCCCAGUUGCCAAGUCCCGAGCCAGUAAAGCACUGUGGGAAGUCGGCACUCUUCCAGUUGGCAGAGAUUUCUUCAAGUACAUCUCGUUCAGGGUCUUCUGAUUUAACGAAACAGUGUGGAACAUCAGCUUUAUUUCAGCUGGCAGAGAUGUGCCUUGCUUCAGAAGGGGUAAAAGUGAAAGAACCUGGGAAAACAAAAGUGGAAGCACUGGAAGAUGAGGAAGGGGACAUUUCGGAGGACAUGGAAGUAGAACUGGAGAAAACAACAGUAAAAGACUCCAGUAAAGGAAAAGUAGAGCAAUUGGAGAUAGAGAAAAUGCAAAACCCAAAUGAAACAAAAGCUGAGGAAUCAGAAACUGCAAAGUGCAGAGAUUUUACAAGUCUUGCAAUGGAAAACAGUCCUUUUGAGAGAAAGGAUAACACAAAGGAUCACAUGUGCCGUUCUCCAGAGCUUUUCAUGAGUGACAUGACUAUCCUUGGGCUAAAGCCGGAAAAGAUAAAGAAGAAAAAGAAAAAAAAUAAGCUGGACCGGCACACAAAUGAAAAAUCCACCCCCAAGAAAUCUUGUAAAAAGAGGCAGUCCUCUGAGUCGGACAUUGAAAGUGUAAUGUACACAAUUGAAGCUGUGGCCAAGGGGGACUGGGGUGCUGAGAGACUUGCGGAUACUCCCCGCAAAAAAAACCGCCCUGGCUCAAAUGUGAAGGGAGGCAUGUUGGAUACAAAAUCACCAAAGAAAAAAGUGAAAUCGAAAGAGAAGAAAACAUCAAAGGAGAAACUGAUGGAGACCACCAAAGAAUCAAAGCCUCCCGAUUUCCUUAGUAUUGAAACCAGCAAGGAAGUACCGUGUGAGGCUUCUGAUAAUAUUAAAGUGGAACCACUGAUCCCAACAGAGGAGGUGGUACCCCAAAGCUUACCAGAACAGGUCAAAACUGAGGACAGUGACUGUGUUAAAAAGAUAGAAACCUGUGGCUCCAGGAAGUCUGAGAGAUCUUGCAAAGGUGCUCUUUAUAAAACUCUGGUGUCAGAGGGCAUGCUCACAUCUCUGCGUGCUAAUGUGGACAGAGGAAAAAGAAGCUCAGGAAAAGGUAAUUCCUCAGAUCAUGAAGGAUGCUGGAAUGAAGAAAUCUGGGCCUUUUCCCCAAGUGGGACAAGUGGGAACAAAAAACUGAAAAAGACUAAGCCAAAGGAAGAGUUUGUUUUUGGCUUAGCAAAAUUGGAAGAAGAAUUUGCAAAGAAAUUCAACAGCCUCCCUCAAUACAGUCCUAUUACCUUUGACAGGAAAAAUUCAGCUGUUUCGAGGAAAAAGCGAAAGAUUGGAAGCGGCUCAUGUGAACUACCAAAAUCCAACAAAGGUUCAUUCGAGUCUCAGAAAAAGAAUUUAUUCCACAAAAUUGUCAGCAAAUUUAAGCACAGAAAGAAGCUUAAUGUUCCGGACACAGCCAUACUAUUAGAAGACAGAAAUUCCAGUGAGUCUGCCUGGAAGAAUAAAAUUUCUGUAUCUGCCCUAAACACUCCAGAGCCAGCAAUGAUGCAUGAGCCUUUAGUUGGCAGCCAGAAAAGGAAAGCAAGAAAAACUAAGAUCACACAUCUUGUCCGAACAGCAGAUGGACGAGUGUCACCAGCAGCAGGGACACUGGAGGACAAGCCAAAAGAGCUGCCACAAAGUACUCUUCAGAAAUCAUCAAAUGCAGAUUGCAACAACGAAUGCUCCAGAAACACAGAGACAGAAGAAAAUCAUAGUAUUACGUCAGAUAUGCCAGCGGUGUCUGCAUUUUUUAGCUUAGCUGCUCUGGCAGAAGUAGCAGCCAUGGAAAAUGUACACAGAAGUCAGAGGGCCACACCUCUCCCACAUGAUGGACAGCCAAAUGAAAUGUCUCAGGCUCCAGUGCUUAUUUCCUGCGCUGACCAGUGAAGCUCCACUUUAUUGUAAAACAUUGUGCUUUACCUAAUAUCCUAGCCUUGUCUUUUCCAAGGGAAGCUAGUCAGUCCAUAUGAUGGAACUAGAGACUGCAAUAAAGUGCUUACUGCUCUGAGUGGCCCAGAAUUCACUGGAAGCCAGACAUUAGCAACUUGGGCCAGGUCCUCAAAUUGGAACCCAGUAUGUAGGAGGGUGAUAUUGUCUAUUAAUGAACUGAAAUGGAGUGGAAUGAUCCCAGAGCUUGCUUUCUGUUGAAGGCUUUUAAACAGUAAACAGAUGGUUGGUGUGAAAAAGGCUGCCUUUACUGUUAGCUCACACAGCAUCUCUUUUACCAACCAGAGAGUACGACAACUAAUUUCAUAUAAUACCUAGUUAUUCUAAAUGAAAAAGAAAAAGAAAAAAAAAAAAAACAAAAACACUGACGCACUGCACUAGUUACUAUUAGAUAUUCUUAGUCAUUUUUGUACAUGAAGAUUUAAGUUCUAAGAUGGUUUAUAUUAAUAGGUUAUGCCUACGUUUAUAUUGUAGAAUGAAUUUAAAACCUGUUCCAGAGAACUCAAGGCAGCCUGGACAGAUGUACCAUUGUUAGCGGUGUUUGGGCAGCCACGUGGUCCAGAUGUUCUGCACUUUUAUAUUUGCCACCAGAGUGGUAGAGUUUACUGGGAAAAGUUCUGACAGGCUACGUUUGGGUUUGUUUCUUUUUAAUUUAGCUUUGAAUAACCAGGAUGAUGUGCAUUAGAAAAAGGAGUGGUGUAUGAAAAAGAAAAUACUGCAGAUAAUUGACUUGUCUUUCAUGCCUUGGAGGGUUCCUUUAUUUUUGCAUAGAUAUCUGAGUGACUUGGUGAAACUUUCCUGCAAACAAAAAGUACUGCAAAUGCAUUUUUCAAAAGUGACCUUAGUAUUAUUUCACAGUUUUGAAUAACGUAAAACCAUGACUUUUCGAUAUGGUGUACACCAAUACACAUACCUUUUACAUUUUACAGAUACUGGCGUUGUUGUAGUUACUAUGCACAGUCCAAAUCAGCUUCAGAGUUUGCAUAAAGGGCCAAUUACAGUUUGUGUUGGUAAAGCGGGAAGCUGUAUACAGUUAAACUACAGCUGAAGAGUAGCGUUUGACUGAAUUCAGGCUACCAAACGGAUCCAUCUGCCAGUUUCUAUCUCUGCUUGUGUUGAAUUUUUGUGUUUUGCUAUCGUAAAUACAUCCCAAAAGUAGGCCAAGUGUAUCACUUGGCUUGUAAC